AUGAAGUUCUCUAUCCCCCUCUUUAUUACCGCCGCCAUGACUGGCGCCAUGGCCCAAUACACAGCUUGCGGGUACCACCUUGUCAACGCCGGCAGCUACAACCAGGCCGACAUUGCCUGGGCCGCUUGCGGGAGGACCGACACGUGCGAGGGCAAGGAGUGGAACACCCUCUUUAUCUACCGUCCUAUUCCUCACGGCCUUCCGUCAAUCGAGUCUCUGGGGUUUUGCAACAACGGUUGCCAGGAGGAUGAUUACCACGACAGAUGCAACUAA